AUGUCUUCAAGACCAUCGCAAACACUACCAUUUAAUUACGAUCUGCUACCCCUUGAUCGAUCCAAAAAGGAAAUCCGACUUCUCAAGCUGAAGAUCGAAAACACCAUUCCCGAUGUUAUUAACAGACUAUAUGGCGCUAGCAUUGAUGAGUUCGAGAGUCAGUUUAAAAAUACCCUGGAGUUAGAACGGCCCAUCGAGUGUGAAAUAAUGAAAGCCAGCCUAGAAGCACCCCCAGAAUUCUACGCUUGUUCAUACGUAUGGGGCCCUUCUACAAUGUCGAGGCGAUUGAUUCUUCGAAUGAGCAAGGACUGCCCAGAUGCGCUACCGAACACAACUGAUCCCUCAGAAAGGUUCGAGGUCGAAAUCACAGAUAAUUUACAUCUUGCUCUAGCCCACUAUAGAGGGCUUUAUAGAGGGCUUUAUCACGAUAGUCCUUCGAUACUUCUCUGGGCGGACGCUGUCUGCAUAAACCAAAACGAUAAAGACGAAAAGUCAUGGCAAGUUCAGAUGAUGCGAGAAAUAUACGAGUCAGCAAAAUCGACGUGGGCAUGGCUCGGACCUGUGCCUGAAAGGCAACACUCACAAGUAGCGGAUCUGAUAGUUACACUGUUGAGGCUCGGGGUAGAAGCAUUACAGCGCUUUGGGUGGGAACAGUGCUCAUUCCCUUUGGAAUAUAAGGUUAGUUGGCCGGGUGGGUCAAGGGAGUACUUGAACCAGGAGCUUGUGGAAUGGAUAGAGAACAAUGUUCAUUUUCACAACAAUUCAGACUCGGAGGCCCGUGAUAACGAAACCUUUGAACCCACCGGGGACAAUUUAAAAGGAGUUGCAGGAAUUCUGAGGCUACCAUUCUGGAGAAGGGUUUGGAUCCUGCAAGAAGUUGUGCUUUCUAAAACCUUGUGGUUCUACUAUGGGCCCUACAGCAUCGACUCCGAGACUCUUCAUGGCGGCCUCAAGCUUGUAGCAAAAGCUAGGCACCUUCGUGGCAUGGAUCCCUCUAAUUAUGAAUGCAGUCCUAUGUCGAGCGGCUCAAAUUUGCAUAACCCCCGUUACUGGAACAUUGCCCACACGGAUAUCAACGAACCUAGCUUUUGUCCCAUGCUUGAUAGACGUUUUCCAGAUGAGUCUAUAGAGGAGCCAAGCUGGAAUUACGAGAUCGGCUGCCUUCAGGCAACUAUGGAAAGUGAUUUCAUCUUUGGUGUCCUGGGAUUGGUAAAUGAACAUGAUACCGCGGAGCUAAUUCCCGAUUAUACGAAAUCUCAUGAAGAAGUCCACGUAGAAGCCACGACUAAGUGGAUCCACGAGAUGGGUUUGAAGGUUCUGAGCUAUUGUCAGAACGAUCCGAUGCCGUCUAAGUUGCCUUCCUGGGUUCCUAAUUUCAAAAUACCUGGAAAUUCACGAUGGGUCAGAAUCUUAGACAUGCAACCUGAUUUUACUCGUACUGGUUUAGAAAAUCCUGGCCCGCCUCGAAAUUUCAGAUUCUUGGACAUUCCCUCUAGUCCGACGCUACUAUCCAUGGGACGCGAAAUCACUGUCAUUAAAAGACCUUUGAUCGCGAUGCCGGUGUGGGAGGGUAAUACGCCUCUUCUAAGACGCAUCUGGGACCUCCAAGGACGGCUAGUUUUCAUGAAAGAUAUCAUAGAGGAAUGUGCAACGGCUUAUAGGACCAAAGAGAACCGACAUCUAGCUUUUGUAAGCACACUUACCGGAGGCGGAGUAGACCAUGGUCGUUUACUCAACCCUGAGGAUAAAUGGUCUUUGGAUCAGAUCAUUCGCGGGUAUAAAGCUCUCAUUGAGCCAUCUUCUGUCUCGGCGUCGUUUAGUGGGUUCUGCUCUCGGCCCAUGCCGUCGCGAUUCUUCACAGAUGUGACUCUGACGGCGUGUAUUCAGGCCGCGAUAUCGUGCGACGAGAAAUUCCGAGAGUCCGCACCAACGCUAGCUCAGAGGUUCGAAAUGGACCAUCCCAGUGUAUUCUUCAUUCCUUUCUUCAACGACUUAAUCGAUAUAUUGAAUAAUUUCAAGUUUGAGGAUUGUUCGCAGAUGUUUGAAGAUAUUACAUCAUUUAUAGACUUACUUCAAGUCCGGACCAAGGGGAGAAAAGUUCUGAUUUCUGAGGAAGGUUAUCUUGUCCUCGGCCCUCGACUCACAGAGCCUGGGGAUAUCGUGGCUUUUCUAGACGGCGGCCGUGUUCCUUUCAUCUUACGCCCUAGCCCGGAUGGUUCAUUUCGCCUAGUCGGCGAAGCUUAUAUGUUUGGAGUGAUGGAUCGGGAAGUUGGUGGUAGACUGACGUUGCUUGGUGCUAAAACUUCGCCGGAGGCAAAAGCAACCAUCAAUCAGCGGGGUCGUGAUAUUCGGCGGGAAUUUUCAAUCAAAUAAAAGUGCACAAGGGAGCGUGGAUUAGGAAGGCCGUUGUUUUUUUUCUAUCUGUGUUAAUUCAUCAACGAGCGUUCGGUUAUUCGUGGCUAAUCUCAUCGACCCCUAUUCCCUCGUCCGAAACUUGAACUCGGCUUUCUUUAGUGUUAGGUUAAGAGUUUCUCUACUAUCUAUAAGAUAAUUAUGAAAGAAGAUACUUUAGCCUUCAAGUCACUUCCGCAACCUACAUUUUCUCGUAAAUCAAGUCAGAGUACUAACAAUAAUACUAAUCAGCAAAGGAGGGGCGGGUAUCAUGCAAGGGGAAUGUUAC